UGUCCCUCUCUUCCCCCUUUUCGAUAGCCGCACACGGGGUGGGGGAAACUGGGCACCACCAAGCCAGGCUGCUCCUUCCCUCCCUCCUUCCCUGCUUUCUUCCUGCCUUCUUCCCUCCGCUGCACAUCUCAGCCUCCUCAUCCAUCCAUCCAUCCAUCCAUCCCCGGGGGUGAGCCUUUGAAUGAGCAGCACUGUGGCUAGCCCGAUGUCAGCGCUUGCCUCUGCAAGCAGUGGGAGAAAAUCAACAAGCUUUACACCAGAGUUGCAGAGUAUGAUGUUUUCCUUGGGAGAUGCCCGCAGGCCGCUCCAUGAAACUGCAGUACUGGUGGAAGACAUUGUCCACACUCAGCUGAUAAAUUUGUUGCAGCAAGCCGCUGAAGUCUCUCAGUUGAGAGGAGCCAGAGUCAUCUCUGCUGAAGACCUCCUUUUCCUAAUGCGCAAAGAUAAGAAGAAGCUUAGAAGACUACUUAAAUACAUGUUUUUCCGAGACUAUAAAUCUAAAAUUGUCAAAGGAAUUGAAGAAGAUGACCUCCUUGAAGACAAAUUCAAUAGCAGUAACACCAACAAACGGCAGAAGCUUGCUCAAGACUUCCUCAACUCCAUUGACCAGACUGGAGAGCUCUUAGCUAUGUUUGAGGAUGAUGAGAUUGAUGAUGUCAAGCAAGAGCGGAUGGAGAGAGCAGAAAGACAAACACGAAUGAUGGACUCGGUCCAGUAUGCAGAAUUCUGUGAGAGUCGGCAAUUGAGUUUUUCAAAGAAAGCAUCCAAGUUUCGUGACUGGUUGGACUGUAGCAGUAUGGAAAUAAAGCCAAAUGCAGUUGCAAUGGAGAUUUUGGCAUAUUUAGCAUAUGAGACUGUGGCACAGUUGGUGGACUUGGCCCUUCUGGUUAAGCAGGACAUGGCUCCCAAAGCUGGUGACCCAUUUAGUCAUGCCAUAUCUGCCACUUUCAUACAGUAUCACAAUUCUGCUGAGCCACAUCUCUUAGGGCAGUCUACAAGUGUGAAGACAAGUCUGGACUCUCCUGAAAACACACCACCUCCAACACCCACACCCCCAGCAUCAGCAGGACAGCAAUACCUUGGAAAAGCCCCAUCAGGAGCCCUGGGAAAUGGUGGAAUUGGACAGGACUCUACCAAAUCCAAACAAAGGAAAAGAAAAAAGAGCACUGCAGCCUGUGGUAUAGAGGCUCAAAGUGAUGCCAUCCAGCCCAGCCACAUCAGAGAGGCCAUUCGACGCUAUGGCCACAAGAUUGGCCCCCUUUCCCCAUUCACAAGUGCCUACCGCAGAAAUGGGAUGACUUUUCUCGCCUGCUAAUAUGGAUGUGGCUGCAGCAACAGGAAAGGCAGUGUUAUAUUAAGGUGAUUUUCUUUUCCCCUCCAUGGAAGGAAAAAAAAUACAAGCUCCGAUGUCUCUGUGUACUAGCGAGUGGGCUGGUUUGUUGUGACUAUCUGCUGGCUGACUGUCUCUUUUUCCAGCCCCCUCAAUCGUUAUUCUUGUUUACUAGCUGGAACAUUUAGCUAAUUAAUGGCAGGAUGUUUGGGAUAGGGUGUAGGUGGACAAGAAUGCAGAUCAGACAAUGCUGAAGUUUGCAGGGGACUAACUGCUGUCAGCCUCUUUCUGAAAUGCAAUGUCAUUUUUAUUUAAGUCUUUGGAAGUCUGUAUGUUCUCCUAGAGAUUUUUUUUUUUUUUUAAA